CCACGUCACCUCCUUCAUCCACCCUGCGUGCAAUUUUACUUUUCCCUUGUAGCUGUUUCUGAGCAGAGAAAAGAAAGACCAAAGAAAACCAGAGGGACUUUACCCGGUUGUUGAUAUGGAGCAGGUGCCAUCAACAGGCAGACCCGUGCAGAUCACUGUGACAGAUGUAUAUGAUCUGAAAUGUUUUAAAGGAGAUAGUCCAGUUACCUUUAUUCGUGCAGAAUUCAAUCAAGUGGUUCUGGGAGACUCUGCAAAAAUUACUGUUUCUCCAGAAGGAACUGCGAAAUACAACUUCACUAGCAGUUUGGAGUUCAGUCCUGAAGGAGGAAUCACUUUAGACGAACUUGCCCACAAACCUGUGUUCCUAACCAUGACUGAAGUUUUACCAAAGGAAAAGAAACAGAAAGAUGAGAAGACCUUGGUUCUUGGUCAGGCUGUGCUGGACCUUCUCCCUUUACUGGAAGGAGAGACUUCAUUUGAAACAACAGUCCCGUUGCACCCUGUGCAGGGCUCACCUUUAGAAGCCCCUCGACCAGGUGUCAAGCAGUGCACUCUUGAAGUUAAAGUAUUUGUGGCAGAACCCUUACUUACCACAGCACAGAUCGUAGGGGGCAAUCUACUGAAGGUCACAUUGGAGGCUGCAUACUCUGUGCCCGAAUCGUUCAUUCCAGUGGGGUCCCUGCAGAACUACAUGGUUGGUCUGCAAGUUCCAUCAGUUGGAGAGAAGGACUGUCCCAUUCUAUUUAAGAACGGAACUCUGAAGCUUGGAGGGGAAAGAGAACCUGUUCCCCGGCCCAAAAAAUGGCCUAUUGCCAACAUUCUGGCUCCAGGAGCUUCCAACAUUCCUAACGCGUUCAUCGUCGGUGGCCCCUACGAGCAAGAGGAAGGAGAACUCAACCACCCCGAGGACAAAGAAUUUAGGAACCAAGCAGAGUGCAUGAAGAAAAGGAUUAUUUGGGACUUGGAAAGUCGCUGCUAUCUUGAUCCUCCUGCAGUGGCCAGUUUUCAGAAGCGAAUUGCUGAUUGCAGGUUUUGGCCGGUAGAGAUCACAAGAGUUCCUAUGGUUACAGCGCCCAGAGGGAAAGCCGGCAAAGUUGAUAAGACUGAGGAUGAAAGUCAGCUUUCGUUUCACGGUGUGGCUUAUGUUAAUAUGGUCCCAUUGCUGUAUCCAGGUGUGAAGAGGAUUCGGGGAGCUUUUCAUGUUUACCCUUACCUAGACAGUACAGUCCAUGAAAAGACCAAGUGUUUAUUUAGCCUGUUCCGGGAUACUGGCCAUCAUUUAAUUCAGAAUAAUAAAACAGGAGGAAUUAACUCUUCACUAUCCAAACCAGUUGUUUCUAAGAAUCUGAAAGAAGAUAAAACAGUCAAAGAAAAAGAUAUAGAUGGAAGGAUUAGGCCUGGAGAUAUGCAAGCACCUAGUAUAAAAUCCCAGAGCUCAGAUACUCCUUUGGAAGGUGAACCCCCUCUAAGCCUCAAUCCAGAAGGACAGCAAUAUUUAGAAGCAAGGACAUACAUCGUGUUGGAGAUACAGCUGGACAAGGCCUUAGUCCCGAGGCGAAUGCCGGAGGAGCUAGCCAGGAGGGUCAAGGAAAUGAUUCCUCCAAGGCCUCCUCUUACCCGUCGGACUGGAGGAGCUCAGAAGGCGGUGAGCGACUACCACCUGCAGAUCAAGACCAUUUCUAGAGCCAUUCUGGAUGAGUACCACAGAAUAUUUGGAAAACAGCUGGCAAAACUGGGCAGUGAUAUUGAUAGCGAAACCCUGGAGGAGCAGAAGUGCCAGCUCAGCUAUGAACUUAAUUGCUCCGGGAAAUACUUUGCUUUCAAAGAACAACUCAAGCAUGCCGUGGUAAAGAUUGUGAGAGAGAAAUACUUGAAGACAACAUCAUUUGAAAGCCAGGAGGAACUGCAGACAUUCAUCAGUGAGCUUUAUGUGUUCUUGGUAGAUCAAAUGCAUGUGGCGCUAAACCAGACCAUGCCAGAUAAUAUCCAAGGUGCUACUUCAACCAUUUAUACAAGCAGUGAACAGCUUCGACUCUUUGCAUUUGAAGCAGAAGUCAAUGAGAAUUUUGAAAUGGCAGCAGUGUAUUAUGAAGAGAGGUUGGUCCGUGAGCCCCAGAACCUGGAUCACUGGCUGGACUACGGUGCCUUCUGCCUCUUAACUGAAGACAACACCAAAGCACAAGAGUGUUUUCGGAAAGCCCUUUCCCUCAACCAGUAUCAUAUCCACAGCUUGUUGCUGUGUGGUGUGCUGGCUGUCCUGAUGGAGAAUUAUGAGCAAGCAGAAAUUUUCUUUGAGGAUGCCACGUGCUUGGAACCAACCAAUGUUGUAGCCUGGACUUUACUUGGCUUGUACUAUGAAAUUCAAAACAAUGAUAUUCGAAUGGAAAUGGCAUUUCACGAGGCCUCCAAACAACUUCAGGCACAAAUUCUUCAGGCACAAGUAACAAAGCAGAAAAGCAGUGGUGCUGUAGAGUACGUGGGAGAAGGAGAGAAAAUAGAAUCCAGUUUAGGCCCUUGGGCAGCCACAAAUGGUUCGUCUACAGUAGCAGUCAAGGCGGAAGCCUCUGCAGGAACAGCAGCUACAUUAUAUGUACCAGAUGAAUUUCUUGAACAAUCCUCCAAACAGCAGUCUGAGUCACGAGAACCCAUUUUGACUACACAAUCUCAGGACCUGAGUAUGGGCCUAAAAUUAUCCAACGUAUUUUUAAAGGAGAUACCAGCAAAAAAAGAAGCAUCAAGAUGUGAAGAUUCACCAGUUUUUCUACAUCCCACCCCUUACCGUGGCGUGUCCCAAACUCCUACCACCAUCUUCAUGGAGACUAUACGCUUCUUGAUGAAAGUCAAUGCUGUGCAGUAUGUGCACAGAGUGCUUGCACAUGAGCUGUUAUGCCCUCAAGGAGGCCCCAGCUGUGAGUAUUACUUGGUGUUGGCCCAGACACACCUUCUCAAGAAGGACUUUGCCAAGGCACAGGAAUAUCUCCAACAAGCAGCCCAGAUGGACUACCUGAACCCUAACGUCUGGGGCCUGAAGGGCCACCUCUAUUUUCUGAGUGGAAAUCAUGCUGAGGCCAAGGCAUGCUAUGAGCGAACCAUUAGUUUUGUAGUGGAUGCUUCUGAGAUGCACUUUAUCUUCCUGCGACUGGGGCUCAUCUAUCUGGAAGAGAAAGAGUAUGAAAAGGCAAAGAAAACCUACCUGCAAGCCUGUAAGAGAUCACCUUCAUGCCUUACCUGGCUAGGACUGGGAAUUGCUUGCUAUCGGCUGGAGGAGCUCACGGAGGCUGAGGAUGCGCUCUCUGAAGCCAAUGCGUUGAACAACUACAGUGCUGAAGUAUGGGCAUAUCUGGCUCUGGUCUGCCUGAAGACUGGACGACAACUGGAAGCUGAGCAGGCCUACAAGUACUCGAUAAAGCUGAAAUUGAAAGAUGAAGCUCUGCUAGCAGAGAUCCACAUGGUACAGGAGACAGUUGGCUUUGGAAAUCCAUCUUUCUGACAUCCUUCGAGCUGAAGAAUUUUCUGUAUGGGACUCUGAGCUUUCUUUCUUUCCCAGAGAAAGUCUCACCAUAUGAAGCCUGGAG